UCAAGCUGAGAACAUGAACUGCCUGCUGAUCUUUUCCUGCCUUGCCUUCGCUGGCGCAGCCUAUGGCUGUGGCGUUCCCACUAUCAGGCCCGUGAUAUCCGGAUAUGCCCGCAUCGUUAACGGUGAGGAGGCUGUGCCCGGCUCUUGGCCCUGGCAGGUGUCCCUCCAGGACAGCACAGGUUUCCACUUCUGCGGUGGCUCCCUGAUCAACGAGAACUGGGUUGUGACCGCUGCUCACUGUGGUAUAAAGACUUCUCACCGUGUGAUCCUCGGAGAGCAUGAUCGCUCCUCCAAUGCUGAGAGCAUCCAAACAAUCCGUGUUGGCAAGGUCUUCAAGAACCCCAAAUACAACCCCUUCACCAUCAACAACGACAUCACCCUGAUCAAGCUGGCCACCCCCGCCGUCCUGGGAACCCGCGUGUCCCCCGUGUGUGUUGCUGAGACCAACGACAACUUCAGCGGUGGCAUGAAAUGUGUGACCACUGGGUGGGGUCUGACCCGCCACAACGCUGCCGACACCCCCGCCCUGCUUCAGCAGGCUGCCCUUCCUCUGCUAACCAAGGCUCAGUGCCAGAAGUUCUGGGGCUCCAAGAUCACCGACCUCAUGAUCUGCGCCGGUGCUGACGGUGCCUCUUCCUGCAUGGGUGACUCCGGUGGCCCCCUGGUGUGUGAGAAGGCCGGUGCUUGGACCCUGGUCGGCAUCGUGUCCUGGGGAAGCGGCACCUGCACCCCCACCAUCCCCGGCGUGUACGCCCGCGUCACCGAGCUCCGCUCCUUCAUCGACCAGACCAUCGCCUCCAACUGAUGCGGUCGCCGUAGAUGUCCUUAAUGUCAUCUUCGCAGUGAAUAAACCUGGUUUCUGGUGA